CAUUUGUAAUGGAAACCAUUUUUAUUGUUUUGCAGGGAUUUGCAGGUUGUUUUAUUAUACAUUUAUUUUCCUUGUACGCCGAUUUCAUUGUGCCUCUUUUAAUUCAGCACAUCACGCCUCACCAACGUGUGUGCUUCAUGCCAUACUGAGUGCGCAAGUGAAAAAGCCCCUCCUUCCGUCACCUAAUCCCACAUAUAAAAAAUGUCAAGCCUUACCUUUAUCUAACCACGCGCAUGAGAAAUGUGAAAACGGUGACUCUUGUAUCCAGACGGAAUGCGCCCUCAAAACAUGAACUUUCCUUGAUUUCCACCUUCCAUAUAGUCUCUUAAAACGUUACGUAGAAAAUGUCUCACUAUAGUUUGAACCUUAGCAACGUGAGUUUGGAGUUGGAAGCGACGGGAGAUGAACCCCGUGAUGAAUAUCUGGCGCAAAUAGAGAUCGCGUUGCUCAGCUUUGUAUUUCUGUGCGCGGUGAUGCUGAACUGCGGUUUGCUGCUGGCGCUCUGGAGGGGGAGGCAACAGGUGUCUCGGAUGCGCGUGUUUGUCACGCAUCUCUGUCUGGCCGACCUGGUGGUCGCCUUCUUCCAGGUGUGUUCUCAGCUCAUGUGGAAGUUGACGGACCGCUUUCUCGGUCCCGACCUGGUAUGCCGCUCGGUCAAGUAUCUUCAGGUCGUGGGCAUGUUUGCGUCCACUUACAUGAUAGUAGUGAUGACGGUAGACCGUUACCAAGCGGUGUGCAACCCUAUGGUGACUUUCCAGAGAAGGCGAGCGCGCUGGAACCUGCCAGUGUGCGUCGCGUGGGCUGUAUCUUUUAUUUUAAGCAUCCCGCAAAUCUUCAUUUUCUCCCGGGUUCAGAUCGCCCCGGGUGUCUUUGACUGUUGGGCAGAGUUCGAUCAGCCGUGGGGACUUAAAGCGUACGUGACUUGGACGACUCUGGUGAUAUUUGUUCUGCCUGUUAUAACUGUCAUGGUGUGCCAGGUGCGCAUCUGCCGUGCGCUUCAGAUUAACGUGUAUAUGAAAACGCAGCAGCAGAGGAAAGAUGGAAGCUCGAACCCCCCUUCCUCCAGAGCCAGCAACGUGGUAUCCGUGUCCAAAUCUCGGAUAAAGACUGUGAAGAUGACGGUGGUGAUUGUGCUGACCUACACCAUUUGCUGGGCUCCGUUUUUUACAGUGCAGAUGUGGUCUGUGUGGGACGCCUCGGCUCCAACUGGAAACGGCACCUUUACUGUCCUCAUGUUACUGGCAAGCCUGAACAGCGUGGCCAAUCCUUUUAUCUACCUUGUUUUUACAAUGAAGUCCCCAAAACUGUUAGGGGUUCUACUGUGCACGGAGGACAGCAAUGGGAAGGAGUCAUUGCCUGAGGAAGCCACAGUGGUCAGCUCUCUUCAUAUGAGCUCUAAAAGCCCUUCUGACAUACGGUGAUAAAGUUUUCCUGGAGCUCAGUGGUAAGAGCAUUGCGUUAACGACGCAAGGUUGUGCGUUCGAUCCCAGGGGAUUGCAAAUACCUGUAAAAUGUAUAGGAUAAAGCAAUGUAAGUGGCUUUGGAUAAAAGCGUCUGCCAAAUGUGUAAAUGUAAAUGUAAAGUAAGAGCACUAUCAGAGGUAACAUCUAAAUACUCCGGUUCCACUGUAUAUAUUGUAUACUUAUAUGUAAUAAAACCUCACAACUCAAAAGGUUCGUGAUCAAUUUAAAAUAGUUUCCAUAGGACAAUUUAGCACUUAAAGGUAAUGGAUUUAAUACCUAGGGAAUAGCAUAAUGACACUUUUUUUAAACACACUGUAAAUUGCUUUGGAUAAGAUUGUCUCUCAAAUGUGUAAAUGUACAUUUUAAGGUUACCCCCUGCUUGUAAAAGGCACGUGUUAGAAUGUCAUUAAGUUGUAUAUUAUAAUUCCUUUAUUUUACUGUACAAUACAAACAAAGCAUCGGUGUUGUGCAGAUCAGAUUCAAGAAGAGUGUGAAUACACACGGGGCUGUCGUAGUAUCAUAUUAAGACCAAAUAGUCUGGUGUGGUAAAGCUAGAAAUUAGAAUUAUGAUAGGCCUAUUAUGAAAAUGCUUGUACAUGCUGCUCUAUCUGUUUCCAAUAAAGUGCAUUAAUAUA